CAUGGCGUCAUAGUCUAUCGAAUUUCGCGAGUGCCGUGAGAUCGUGAUUGAGAAUAUUUGUGAAGUUGAAGGUAACCCUCCGUCGUCGAGGUCGAGGAGUCGCGUAGCGGGUGUGUAUGUGUGUGCACGUGUGUCGCGCGGAUUCGCACACCAGGACGAUCGAUAAGCCGUCCGUCGUCAGGAUCGCGUCUUCCGGGGAACAAGACGCGGAUCGUCGGGAAGCCCGGCACGUGCCGGCACCGUUCCCUCGAGCCUAUACAAGCCGGCGAAAACCUAACCUGCAAAGGCAACUGACGCUUCGAGCCUAAUGAUGGAAGAUUUUUUGUGCGAUCUAUUGUCACCGUCCAAAGAGGACAUUUUAAGGAGAUUACAGGAUAAUGACAUAACCGACAUGAAGACUCUGGGAGAAAUAAUUACCAGCCACGUUGACUUCAAAGAAUUAAUUCCCAGCAUGGGGUUAAGACUUAAAAUCAAAUCAAAAUAUAUGAGCAUGACAAAUGUUAAAUUUCCAAGUGUCAAAAAUCAACAAGAAGAACCCGUAAUCGCCGGAAUUGUUAACGCUGACGGAUCCGUUUUAUUGGAUACUGAUGCAGUGCACCUCGAUGUACACAGCCAAAUUACCGAUUCACUACAUACAAAUAUUGUUGAACCACCACAGUUAUUGCAGGACGAUAAAGUUGUUACUGAGAGUCGUAAUAAAGAAAGCGCGGAAUCAGUUGAGACAUUCAAUUUACAAGACACAGAUCUGGUCACAAAAAAAAGAAAAUUAAACCGGGGUGUAGACUUUGACGUAAAAGAAAUAUUGGAAAAAGAUGCAACGGGACGAGCGGUACUAAACAUUUAUAACAACACGAGGGACUUAUCAACAAAAUGUCAAAGUUAUGUAUGUGACAUCAUUGUCACACAUGCUUUGAACAACUGCAUAACAAAUCUUCGAAACGAGGAUUUUGACGCUAUUGCUGAUAAUAUCGUUCACGUAUUUCCGGAAGAAUGUAAAGAAACAUAUUAUGUUCCUCCUGUGUCUAAAAGAGAUUCUUCGAACCAAAAAUCGAAAGUUGCUAAAGGGAAGUUGGUGGAUAAAUACCGGAAUAAAAUUUCAUUUUUACGAGAAGCGAAAAUAAAUGUAACAAGCGACGUAAUACCUGAGGCAGCUACUUGCAUGUCGUCGGAAGCGCAUCAGGAAAACAGUAAAUUAUGGCUAAUCCACAAUAGAGCUGACGUCAUAAACUAUUGGAAUACUUCGUAUACAUUGCGACUGGUAAAUUGCAUGAACAAGAAAACUCUUCAUGACCUGUUAGAAGAAUGGCCAAUUCUAUUAACGGAGAACAGUUACUUUUAUAAUUUUUGUUUCAUUGGUCGCAAUAUAAUUCAAAAAAACCGGACUGUUUAACGUUUAAAGAUAUAAUACAAACAUAAAUGAUUAAUUCCGUAGAUUGAACAGGAUUUUUGCCAAAAAUAUAAAGAGCAAGAUCAACUCUUGAUACGCAAGUGGAAUGAUUAUUUUAACGCCGUACUAUCUUUAAAUAGGAAAUAUCUUAGUCAAUCAGAUGAAUUACUCUUGGAGGUCCUGAAGAAUGGAAACCUAACUCAGAAUUCUCAGAAUUUUAUUCAAAUUUCCCUUCUCGCGGCAUUAGUACCGCCGAAAUCUAACAAAAUUUCCAUUAAAAAACAGGGAAGGAGAACCUAUUAGAAGCCUUCCACCGUUGAAAGUAGGGAAGGAAUUAUUUUACUUGUCACGGUUCCCGGAGAUAUUCAAGAGGUUGUACGGCAAAGAACUGAAAAAUUAUAUCAAUUCGGGCAGACGGUUCAGCCAUUCGUAGUAGUUGUUGGGGCAGAAGUAACUUCCAUCGAGAAAGUCUAUCUGUGCAUCGAUGAACGACUUAUAGAAAUACCUUCUGUGUUAAAAGCCCUGGACGUGGCGUUCAAAACGUUUAUUUCAUACAACGUACGGUAUCCACUAGAAAGUGACCACUUGUGGUACCUACUACAAUGGGGUGUUUAUGGUAUUGAAACCGCUUUCGACGACAAAAUACCGUCAAUUUGCAAUUUAGUUAACAAAUUAAAAAAACAAGUAUAAGGAACGUGAAUAACAGCAGCAUGAAAAUAUUUCGGUUAAUAAAGCACUUAUAAUAAUACUUAUAAUAUACUUAU